AGUAUCCAACGAACUAAAAAAAACUAAAGCAGUUUAUUUCCUUGCCAAAAGAGCCGCGUCUUUUUCUUCAAUUCUCGUUCAGAAACUACAAGCUGAAGUGUCGCCGCCGCACCGUUAAGAACAACUCCGGGAAGCCAUGAAGGUUUUCGAUGUUAACGAAAAUACCCUUUCUCUAGCUCUCUUUAUUGAUGUCACCAAUUCCAAGGAUCUUCUUGAAUCUAUGCAAGCUGGAACCAUGGAACCCGAAGUUGCACUGGUCAAUGCCUCACUUAUUCCAGAUGUGUUUCCUGUUCUAGCUGCAGCGCAUAAGACACUUAUUGCCAAGUCACGGGAUUCGUUGACGACAAAGACUCUUCAUUCUGAGCUUGUUUACAAUUGCUCAGGAUCUAAACAUAUUACAGAAUCCUUGAAAAGAUGUGGAAUUUCAGAAAACACUACAUACAUCCUUGCAGGUCGUUUCAAUGCUUCGGGAGAUGAGAUGAAAAGCAUAGAUAAACUCAUUAAUGGAAAAGAGAUUGACUUGGAGGAAUUGGAGGGGAGGGCAAACCAAGCCCAAAUACAAAAGCACUACAAAAUCUCAGGCCUGGAAGCAGGAAUAUCCUCUCUUGCAGAUGCCAUUACAUGCCGUAUAGCUGCUCGUGAUGCAUUGUGAGGUGAGCUGAACUGAUUGUAUUUAGUUUGUUGUAAGCUUUUUGUAUGGUUGAUAAGACUUAAAAGUUAUAGCCGAAGUGCUUGCUGAACAAUUUUUAUUAGACAGAUUAGGAACGGAAGAUUAAAAUUUUGAUUUGGCAGUCGUACAAAUUGUGAGCUUUUCAUAAACAGAAAUCUUUUAAACAACCCAAAGAAUGAACGAAACCUUAAUUUUUGUUA